AAUUUGAAUCAACCUUAUUGGUCGAAGACCACGUGUAACUGGAAUUUUUUUUCAUGAGAACUAAGCUUUAAUCCAACCAUACUACUUCUUUUCCGGAGCGCCUUGUGCUCUUCCGGUUCAUCGUACAAAGCGGUGCCGUUUUUCGGGUUGAAAAAUGAAGUUCAACAAGCUAGUUACAUCCUCCAGGAGGAAAAACAGGAAGAGGCACUUCACAGCUCCUUCUCACAUCCGAAGACGACUCAUGUCUGCUCCUCUUUCCAAGGAGCUCAGACAAAAAUACAAUGUCCGUUCUAUGCCUAUUCGCAAGGAUGAUGAAGUUCAGGUUGUACGAGGUCACUACAAGGGACAGCAAGUUGGUAAAGUUAUCCAAGUAUAUAGGAAAAAGUUUGUUGUAUACAUUGAAAGGAUUCAACGAGAAAAGAUGAAUGGAACUAGUGUUUACGUUGGCAUUGAUCCAUCAAAGACUGUUAUUGUCAAACUGAAGAUGGAUAAGGACCGCAAAAAAAUCAUUGACAGAAGAAGUAAGGGUCGUCUUGCUGCACUUGGUAAAGAUAAGGGCAAAUACACUGAAGAAAGUGCUACUGCCAUGGAAACAUCGUAAAUUAUAAAUUUAUUUCCACUAUUGUAUUACUACAAAAAUAAAUUUUCGAAUGCAUAUUCGAAAUUUGUA